AUGGGCCUUUUCGUCAUCGACACUGUUGCCUCAGGCGGACAAGUACACAAGGUCCACGAUUCUUUGCUUAAGAACAGCUUCGAGAACCUUGAAAACUUCAUUAGAGGGGCUUACGCAAAGCCCUCCAAGCAUUUCGAUCUUCACAUCCAUUGGGCGAAGAAGUGCACGAAGUCAAACGAUGUCCUUCCCAUCAGCUUCAACACAUUUAUGAGGUUGAAUAUGGUGUCCUCAGAGUCGACGGCGUAUUAUGUAUGCUUUAUUCCGAAAAGCGACAACCCGCCUCCGCAAAUACCAAGAACGCCUAUCAGUGAGCAAGAACGUUCACCUCCCCUUCCUCCAUCACAGUCUGUCGGGCAGAAUCCGUAUCAUAAUCUGGAGACGUCUAUAGAAACAGAAGCAAGCUCUUCUCUGAGACGUGCGAUGACUGCGUCCAUCCCACCUGGAGCCAACACGAACGCCAACCCGACACAUUAUCCUGAAGGAGAACGUCCACUUCCUGUCUUCGCUGCAAACACGUCUUCAAAUGACCAAUCCCAGCAGACCAGCUGUCGCACACUUUCAAAAUACCCGAUAUCGAAGCGGCCGCUCACAGGCGAAUCGGGCAUACCGGAACAAAGGAAACGGGCAAAAACGAUCGCAACAGACCUGCCUCGCGGACCAGAGCCCGCGGCCCCUCGAACAUCACAUUCGAUCAGCCAAGGCCAUCACACCCGGAAGAAGCUCCCCGAGUUCAGCAUCAUCCCCCCAUCCAACGGAUCCUCUGGUUCUACGGAUAAUCCGAUUGUGCUUGAACCGGAGUCCUUGGAUGCAGAGACUGUUGAGCGAGCCUACAAAUUCUUCGUCGCCCAUCAGUUGCCUGACCCUUACCGAAACCGAUUCGAAGUAGGCCACCUAAAUCGACAGAAGUCGCUCGAUAGGUGGAAGCUCGACCAGGGGGGAAGAACGAACAAAGUCUCGGUACAGUUCGGUAAAGGCAAGAAAGUCUCACAUUUCUGCAUGAAAGAGGACACCAACGACGGUCCCUUAACGCCGCCUACUCUAAAUAGAGUUGGUCUCGACAAAGUGAGCUACUGGCCCGAGAUCCAGAUGAUGCACGACAUAACACGCCUCAAAGACUUCUUCACCAGGUACAAUGAGCCGUUGAUGAGUGGCGUGCCUUUCGAAGAGGCCCAGCCCAUCGCUGAAAAUCUCGACAAUCAUGACAACAACACCACAAGCAAUGGCGCAUCAAAGGUUGUUGUACUCCGCAUCCCACCUGGCAGGUUAGCUGGUCUCACGGAUAGCCUUGUUGAUCAGGCAGUACUACAUGGCGACAAUAGCCGGAUGCGAGAAAGAGCAGCCUCAACCAGGGCGAACAGCGGUACCGGGAAGGAACAUGGAAGUAUUGUAAAACUAUCCAUUAAAUUCAAGGAUCUCAUCACGAUAUACGACCAUUCGCGGCCGCUCAACUUCGCAAUAAAAGUCCAGGCCCGGAUCGAGUGGACGGCACAGGAGCUCACCAAGAAACUCCUGCGAGAACGGAUCAAUGAUAGGAUCAUGAACACGCCUGAAGAGGAACUGACGAGCGAGCACCAUAAAAAACUGAUCAACGCGGACCUGACAGUCUAUCUGGUGACACGGAUCGGCCUUUUCAAUCAUCUAUUCAACUCGAGCGACCUCGAGAUACUCGAUCCGUGGUGGUUGAGGGACGCAGUCAUUGAUGAACGGACGAUUUCAUUGGUGGUGUCCAUGAGCGAGCAUGUCUAA